CUCCAACGACCUCUCCGCCUCGAGGCGAGAACGAACCACGCUCCCUGCUUGACACGUCGUCACCGCCGACGCCUGCCGCACGUCGUCCUGUCGACCGAGGCUGCGGCUGCGCCGACUGCGGUGGCCUGGCGCAACAAGGUGUCUGAGGCCAAGUCCAGCCCUGCCGUUGAGCCCGACAUGGCCGACGCAGCUCCCGCUGUUCGUGCCGCAAAGCUCGAGCGGCUGCGUGCUGUCUUUGAUAUGUGCGACGAUGAUAGCACGAACAUGCUCAACAUUGACCAACUGCGGCGCGCGCUCGAGCUUCUCGACUCGAGAGGCGGGUACGGAUCAGAAGACCAGGCGCGGAGAGUAUCGCGGAGAAGAAGCGCAGGGGAAGAGGUCGAGUGGGUCUUUGCCCUCCACGAUCGCAACCACGACGAUCGCAUCGACUUUCACGAGUUUACCCGCAUGUGUGACGCGGUUCAUCUUCGGUCGCUCUUUGACGACAUCGACACUGACGGCUCGGGCUCGAUCUCAGUCGACGAGCUGAUGGUAGUACUGAGGUCGCUCGGCUUUGCGCCGUCGCGCGAGCAGCUCGCGGCCAUGAUGUCCGUGGUCGAUGCCAACGGCUCGGACACGAUCGAGUUUGCCGAGUUUGCGGACGUCUUUGGCGCGCUCGACGAGCUCUCGCUCCAGUCGCUCUCUACACACCUGAUUUCGAUGGCUUCGCUCUCGGUCGGCAACGACUUUGUGCCAGACCUCCCGCCGCGCCACAUGGAGCUGUGGAAGUUCCUCGCUGCAGGUGCCGCCGCCGGCGGUGUUUCCAAGACAAUCACCGCGCCGCUGGAGCGAAUCAAGGUCCUGCAACAGGCGUCUGAGGGUACUGCGCCGCGGGCGACAAGCAUCUUCCGCCGCAUCCUUGCCUCUGAGGGAUGGGCUGGGCUCCUCCGCGGCAACGCGGCCAGCAUUGCACAAGUCGUUCCGUUUGGCGCCAUCGUCUGUCUCCUCUACUCGCAGCUCUGCGCGGCGCAGCCUGAGCGCGUCGACGUGCCACCUGGAGAGCCGUGGCCAGCCUGGCGCGCGCUAGCCGGUGCCACCGCCGGCGUCACCGCUACCGUUGUCACCUUUCCGCUCGACGUAGUCCGCACCCACAUGUCGGUCCAGACCAUCUCGCGCUCCGGCACGCUCCACACAGGCGCAUACGAUGUCACCGUUGCUGCAUCGGUUCGCAGACUGGUUGCCGAAGGUGGCGUCUCCUCGCUCUAUCGCGGCCUGCUGCCCACGCUGGGCUCGAUCGCGCCGUUCAUGGCCGUCCAGAUGGCAAGCUACGACAUGCUCAAAGCCCGGGCGCCUGCGUACCUCCCCGAAUCGAUCCACGGCCUCGCAGACUCAAUUCCGUUUUUUCUGGGCUGCGGCGUCGUUGCCGGUAUGGUCGCCCAGGCCGUCACCCAUCCCGUCGACCUCAUCCGCCGCCGUCUCCAGCUCGGCACCGAUGCAUUCCAGUACUCUUCGACAGCCAAUGCAGUCACCUCGAUUGUCCGCUCUGAUGGCAUUCGUGGCCUCUUCCGUGGCCUCGGCCCUGCCGCUGUCAAAGUCGCCCCCGCAGUUGCUUCGGGCCUCGUCGUCCGGGACUCGGUCCUGCGGUAUUUGGAGGCGUGAGAGAGUGUUGUGGGGAAAUAUCCCUAAACAGCACGAUCGUUCGGACGCGUUGUCAUGCGUCUCAAAGUGAACAACUCGAUGA